CGUAUUUAGACGAUCCGCUUCCGUUUGAGUUGAUUCGAAAUGAAGAUGCUCACGACGAAGUAUGUUAAGAUAUGUGAGUCGGAAGAUGAUUCGCCGAUCGAAGUUCCACUAGAAGACGAUGAUACACUUCUUCUGUCCACAUUAACUGCUCAAUUUCCUGAUUGCACAGGCCUCAAGUAUAAAUCCGGGGAUACUGGGUGUUAUCGUGGCGUCCGACUUGUCGAUGAUCGUUUGUACCCUCCAGCUGACGGACAUUGGAACGGAAACACCUUUUGUUGUGUUUUUCCUAAAUGUUCGAAAAGAAAGGCAGACGAAGAUGCGUUGGAAUCUAAGUUGAAGAUGAAAAGAUUCGAUAAGAAGACUUGCACAGAUUUAAUAGUCUUGAAUUUACCAUGGAGGGCGGACGAAGACGCAUUACGCGAGUACUUUAGUCAGUAUGGUGACUUGGUAAUGGUCCAGGUAAAGCGUGAUCCAGUUACCCAACAAAGCAAAGGAUACGGUUUUAUUCGCUUCGCUGACUAUACGGCACAAGUCAUGUGUUUGGCUGAAAGGCAUUCUAUUGACAAUCGACAAUGUGAUGUCCGCAUUCCGAUAUCAAAAAUGGAGGGUGAUCGUCAAGAAGUUUCUCGGAAAGUUCACAUCGGCAGGCUUACGGAAGAGAUUAGUGCCGAAACUCUUCGUCAGCAUUUCUCUCAAUAUGGACGGGUAUCUGAUGUCUUCAUACCCAAACCGUUUCGAUCAUUCGCUUUUGUCACAUUCGACGAUCCCGAAGUCGCAUCCUCUUUGUUGGGCAAGGAUCAAGAUAUUGAAGGUGUUCGGGUCACCGUUGGUUCUGCGGUUCCGAAACUCCCUCCAAACGCACGCUUAAACACAAAUAAUCAACGGAUCCCAGUCAGUCCAAUGCAAGCUGCAUUUCAAUCUACAAUGAUGGGAACUAGUCAGUGGGGUGCUUGGCCCCCGGCAUAUAGCGGAAUGAUGACCAAUACCAAUAACCGAUAUGGAGGACAAACUCCAGGAAAAGGUGGGAACCGUUCAAGUAAUGGCUCCGUAGGUGGGUUAAAUCCAGCAGCAGCUGCUGCCGCUGCCGUUUUAGCAGCAGAAUACACUCGUGUUCAUAACCGAAAUUCCAGCACACCUAUCAGCGGACAGCAGGAAUACAAUGGUCUGCCAGUGGAUUCCACAAACAAUGCCGCAUUAGCCACAAUGAAUAUAUUGAGUAAUCCAAAUGUCGUGGCUGCCAUUGUUAGUGCUGCUACUGGAGCGGGAAAUACUUCGAUGCUAGGUAGUUCUAGCGUAGUUUGAAACUAGAGAUGGGUUUGAGUUGUUGAAUACUUAAUUGCUGCAUUUUCGUUUACUCUAAUAUCUACUUUCACCGUGGAAAGCUACUCGAAUUUUAUCAACUCUGUUCAUUUGUUUGUAAAAGAUUUGGCAUUAUUAAACCAACUCAUUUAUUUGUUUGAAUUGAUUGUGUUGUGUUAAGAUGAGUGGUUUAAGCGUGCUUUUAUUGUGAGACUGGUACUGUUGGGUUGAGGAUUUUGAUUAUGUGUUGAUAUUGUGCGAAAAUAUUUGUGUCCUGCGUGAUAAUAGGAGUUUUGCGUACGCGUUCGUGUGUGGUCGAAUUCUGUAUGGUUAGAUUGCUUGGGUUGGAUAUUUUGUACAUCGAAAUUGCGUGUCGAAUGAUUUAGAUGCAAGACAGUCGUUUCGCCACACUUCCUAAGGGAGUUGUCUUAGCACAACGAGGUUACAUGUUUACUUCGGCAUUUUCCUAACUUCAUGCAGUAGUACUUUGGAAAGUACUAAGCCACUCUUUGAGGGAACUACAGUUAGGAUAUGCCUAUAGUUGGAUUCAGAAUAACAGAAAAUGAGUAUGAAAUUUUCACGUAACGUCUUCUGUAAGCUAUGUGGUGUGCUGAUAUCAUCAGGGGAUCAUAUUGUCUCACUACCAACCUGAACACUGAUUUGUUUGAUUUGUCCUUGACAGUGUGAUGAACAAUUAAAUAAAUUUGUUGGAGGUUUUGAAUUUGCGUUCAUCUGAAGUAUUUGUUUGCGCUGUACACUUGAAAAUUUGAAUUCUAGGUGUUCAGUUAACGCAUGAUUGUUUAAUAUAACCGUUUGCUUCUAAUCUACAACAUUUUUGGAUUGAUACCUGUUAUUUGAACGUGGAUGCGUAUGAGGCUGUUUGCUGUUCGGUGGCUGUAAUCAGUACGAUGUUCUUUUUCUUGCUCUCAUCUUAUCUUCCUUGCUCGGUUAAAAAUUCUUCACGAUUUGUUCACACUAACUUUACACACUUCAGCUCCUAUUGUUCGUGUAGUCAUUACAGUUGUUAUUCAUAAUGUUCUUACAUUGUUAUUGAUAUUCCAUAUACUAAUCCACACAUGCCAUCUCUAAAUGAAUGCAUUUCCAUACGGGUUUCAAGAUGUUAUUAUAAUACAUACAGAGGCAAUUCUAUUUGUUGAAUGAGAACUCAGUGUCGCUACAGUAGAACCGGUGACGUGCUGUCACUCAUAGCUUAUUUUUAAACAUCUGUUUGUGAAUUUUUAUGUGAUUUCCCGCUAACCAGCAUAAUUCUUUAUUAUGUUUAAUAACCUUAGUCUUUUAACAAAUUACUAUUUACACAAUAAAUGGAAAUUUCACCAUAUUCU